CUCCCGGCCCCGAGGCCCCGCCCCGGGCCGGCGCGCCGCCAGCCAAUGGGUGGCCGAGCCCGGGCGCCCAGUGCGCGCAGCCCGCGCGGAGCCGGCUGAGAGCGAGAAAAGCGAACCCAACCCGUCGGGGCCGCCGCUCCGGACCUGCCGCCGCCUCCUCCCCCCGGAUCGGGUGUACUGUCCCAACCCGAAAGUCCAGUUCUGCGGCCCGGCAGCGGCGAGCGAGCGCGAUGACACAGGAGUACGACAACAAACGGCCAGUGUUGGUUCUUCAGAAUGAAGCACUGUAUCCACAGCGGCGCUCCUAUACUAGUGAGGAUGAAGCAUGGAAAUCUUUCCUGGAAAACCCUCUCACUGCAGCAACCAAGGCGAUGAUGAGCAUCAAUGGAGAUGAAGACAGUGCGGCUGCACUGGGCUUGCUCUAUGACUAUUACAAGGUUCCGAGAGAGAGAAGGUCGUCAACAGCAAAGCCGGAUGUCGAGCACCCAGAACCAGAUCACAGCAAAAGAAACAGCAUACCAAAUGUGACUGAGCAGUCCCUCCUUUCUGCUGGAGAAAACAGAGUGCAAGUACUGAAAAAUGUGCCAUUUAACAUCGUCCUUCCCCAUGGCAACCAACUGGGCAUUGAUAAGAGAGGCCAUCUCGCAGCCCCUGACACAACAGUCACAGUCUCCAUAGCAGCGAUGCCUACCCACUCCAUCAAGACGGAGACCCAGCCCCCCAGCUUUGCCGUGGGGCUGCCCCCAGCAGUGUAUCAUCCUGAGCCCACUGAGCGGGUGGUGGUUUUCGACCGGAACCUUAAUACUGACCAGUUCAGCUCUGGUGCUCAACCCCCAAAUGCUCAAAGGCGAACUCCAGACUCUACCUUCUCAGAGACCUUCAAGGAAGGCGUUCAGGAGGUUUUCUUCCCCUCGGAUCUCAGUCUGCGGAUGCCUGGCAUGAAUUCAGAGGACUAUGUUUUUGACAGUGUUUCUGGGAACAACUUUGAAUAUACCCUAGAAGCCUCAAAAUCGCUUCGACAGAAGCCGGGAGACAACACUAUGACCUACCUGAACAAAGGCCAGUUCUAUCCUGUCACCUUGAAGGAAGUGAGCAACAGUGAGGGAAUCCAUCACCCCAUCAGCAGAGUUCGGAGUGUGAUCAUGGUGGUUUUUGCUGAAGACAAAAGCAGAGAAGACCAGUUGAGGCACUGGAAAUACUGGCACUCGCGGCAGCACACCGCUAAACAAAGAUGCAUUGACAUCGCUGACUAUAAAGAAAGCUUCAAUACCAUCAGUAACAUUGAGGAGAUUGCUUAUAAUGCCAUUUCUUUCACUUGGGACAUUAAUGAUGAAGCAAAGGUUUUCAUCUCUGUGAACUGCUUAAGCACCGAUUUCUCUUCUCAGAAGGGUGUGAAGGGGUUGCCUCUGAAUAUUCAAAUUGACACCUAUAGUUACAACAACCGUAGCAACAAGCCUGUGCAUCGGGCGUACUGCCAGAUAAAAGUCUUCUGUGACAAGGGAGCUGAGCGGAAAAUCAGAGAUGAAGAACGAAAACAAAGCAAAAGAAAAGGCAAGUGUACUGACCCCAGCUCCCAGCUGAACGCCUUUUCUGAUGUGAAAGUGCCACUGCUUCCCUCUCACAAACGAAUGGAUAUCACGGUGUUCAGGCCCUUGAUUGAUCUUGACACCCAGCCUGUCCUCUUCAUUCCUGAUGUGCACUUUGCCAGCCUUCAGCGGGGAGCUCACGUCCUUCCCAUUGCCUCAGAAGAAUUGGAGGGUGAAGGAUCUAACCUGAAAAGGGGGCCGUACGGCUCGGAAGAUGAUUUUGCGAUUCCACCUCCUGCUAAGCUGACCCGGGUAGAAGAACCAACGCGAGUGCUGCUCUAUGUGCGGAAGGAGUCGGAAGAAGUCUUUGAUGCCCUGAUGCUCAAGACUCCAUCUUUGAAAGGCUUGAUGGAAGCUAUCUCAGAUAAAUACGAUGUUCCCCAUGACAAGAUUGGAAAAAUAUUCAAGAAAUGUAAAAAAGGGAUUCUGGUGAACAUGGAUGACAACAUUGUGAAGCAUUACUCCAAUGAAGACACCUUCCAGCUGCAGAUUGAGGAAGCAGGGGCGUCGUACAAGCUCACCCUCACUGAGAUCUGAGGGUCCUGGGCCACGAGUCCCAGCGCGUGAAAGGAAGGCGUUAUGUGGGUCUUUUUGUUGGGCAAGCUUUGGGUGCACCAGCCAGCCGCUUUCCAAACAUGGUGGAUGUCAGUGGGAGGGAUUCCUUUCGAGCUGGAGGUGGCACUGCAUUUGGCGAGGAGAUAGCAUUGAGUAUGUCGCAUUGGCAUUUUUCAGAUGACAGAGAAAUUCAUAUACCAUUAUGUUUGAAAUUUCUGAUAUAAAUACUUAGGAUUAAAAGUGAAAACUUUGUUCCAAGAUUUAAUAGACUCUCUGGGGACCUUUAGGAUAUCUGCUACAUUAUUUAUAAAAAUAUUGGGAUGUCUGCCUUGUCUCUUCAAUGUUGGUGGGCCGGCUCACUAGUGCAAGUCAGAAGGAGCAGUGGGCUUGGCUUUAAGGACCUUGUGCCCUUGUCUGAACUCAGUGAGACUCUGACUGCCUCAGGUCAGUGGGAGCGGCAUCCAAGGAGGAAGGAGGAGCCCUUCUCCCUCAGCCUCUCAUCCCCCUGUAAGUGUUUACUCAAAUAGGGCAUGUUACUGACAUCUUCCUCCGCAACUUUCUUGAACAUAGCGACUGCCUUUCUUGUGAAGAACUUACAUGGGUUACAGUAUGAAUCAGUUAAGCUAAAGCUGCAUUGUAUAUAAGUGCAAUACAUUUUGAAGGCCUGUGUCUGUAAAUGUGUACAUAUAUGUCUUAUAUAAAUAGAUAAUAUAUAAAUAUGGUGUCUGUGUACAUAUAGUAAAGAGAUGCGAUAAGGUCUACGUUAAAGACUUUCCCUAGAUGAGAGGUUAAAUUAUUUUUGAUAACAUCUCCCAAGUAGGUAGAGGACUGUGCUUAGUGGAGCCACUGAAAUGCUCUCUGUUUUCCCAAACACAGCCAUCAUUCCAUAGCAUAGCAAACCUUCUCAAAGUACGGAGACUCUCUUUGCUCUUGAGAAUGUCAUUAUUUAGACUUCUGCACUGUUUAACAAAUGAAGUCAAGGGAAAACACUACUGUAACUCAUGUCUGUUGUGUAUGCUAGUGUCAGAUGUUCCUAAUGGAGUGAACAAACACAGUGAUUACAACACACAUUGUGACUAUUUGUAUCAGGUGACACAGUUCAAAGUAGAGCUCUUCCUAAUCUUCCUGUUACAAGAAAUUAUUCUAUUUUACCAUGUUUCAGAGCCUUCAAGCUUUGAUUAUAUUGUAUGUUAACAGUUCUAGAAAGCAUUCAUGAAUUUAUGAGACUAUAUUACUAUGGCAGGGGAACAUUUUGUAUACAUAUUUAAAUAUAUAAAAAUACUAAAAAGUGUAAUUUUAUAACAAAUAAAAUCACGGGUAUCUUUAGGUUCAGGGAGCUAGAGUAGGUCAUUGGUACAAGUAGGAUUGGUAGUUACAUUCUUAUGUUAAAAUACUCUAAUGAAGUAUGUGAAAUAAAUUGCUGGUUUUCUAAGAUAAGAAUAUCAUGGGAAUGGGUAAUAAUAACAAUAUUUUAUAUUUUGUUUUAUGAAAUUGAUUUUGUCUUGUUUUUAGUUGUAUCAUUGAAGAUGUAUUUUAAACCAAAAGGAUUAAAUUUUAUAUGUCUA